GGGACUGAAAGCUCCGCUUCAACAGGUAGGGGCGUAGGGUAUCCGGCUACCGCUCGUCCUCGUGCACGCGGCUGUUAAACACAGUGACCCCCUCGUUAGCUCUCCGUCCAUCCCCUCUUCCAUCAGGAUCAGCGGUGGGGUAUCGAUCUGCUCUAGUUGGACGGCGGCAUCCCUGAUUCUACCCUGAUCGAUCCCAUGGAUGCCCAAGACGGCGAUGAGAGACCGCUGAUCAUCCAUCGCCUGCCACUACUCCAGGAUGAAAGUACUUCCGAAUUCACUAGCGACGGGACGGUUGAUCUUCGCAAUCAGCCUGCUCGGAAGCAGAGAACUGGGAAGUGGAAAGCAUGCUUCUUCAUCUUAGGUGCCGAGUUUGCUGAAUGUGUGGCCUUCUUCGCGAUCUCGAAGAACCUGGUGACGUACCUCACGGGCGUUCUGCACGAGAGCAACGUGGACGCCGCGACGACUGUGUCCACCUGGAUCGGGACCUCGUUCUUCACGCCGCUCGUCGGCGCGUUCUUGGCCGACACAUUCUGGGGGCGAUACUGGACGAUACUGGCCUUCCUCUCCGUGUACGUCACGGGGAUGACGGUCCUGACUGCUUCAGCUCUUCUCCCGCUGCUCAUGGGCGCGUCCUACAGCCGUAGCGCCCACCGCCUCUUCGCGUACCUGGGCCUCUACCUCGCCGCUCUCGGCACCGGCGGAAUCAAGCCGUGCGUCUGCGCGCUCGGUGCCGACCAGUUCGACGCGUCUGACCCCGUGGAGCGGCGGGCCAAGGGCUCCUUCUUCAACUGGUACUACUUCUCCAUCAACAUCGGCUCCCUGCUGUCCGCGACGGUGGUCGUCUGGGUGCAGGACAACGUUGGGUGGGGAGUCGGGUUCGCGAUCCCGACCCUGCUCAUGCUGUCGGGACUCGUGCUGUUCGUCGCCGGUAGGAAGGUUUACAGGUACCAGAGAGUGGGAGGGAGCCCUCUGACAAGAGCCUCGCAGGUGGUGGUUGCUGCUGUCAGGAACUACCGUUUGGUGCUGCCUGAGCCUGACGACAGCUCGGCCCUGCUGCAUCAGGCGCCUCCCGGAACGACGGAAGGAAAUGAUUCCACGAUGCAGCAUACGAGUCAAUUCAGGUUCCUUGACAAGGCUGCCAUUGUAGCGCCAUCCUCCGGCGAGAAAGGAGCGACGGCAAGCCCAUGGCGGCUCUGCACGGUCUCCCAGGUCGAGGAGCUGAAGACGGUGCUGCGGAUGUUCCCCGUGUGGGUGUCGAUGGUGCUCUUCUUCGCGGCCACCGCGCAGAUGUCGUCCACCUUCAUCGAGCAAGGCGAGACCAUGGACAACCGCGUGGGGCCGUUCACCGUGCCGCCGGCGUCCCUCUCCACCUUCGACGUCAUCAGCGUCAUGGUCUGCAUACCCAUCUACGACAAAGCGCUGGUGCCGCUGGCCCGGCGCGCCACGGGCAAGGAGCGGGGCCUGUCGCAGCUGCAGCGGCUGGGCGUCGGCCUCGCGCUGUCCGUGGCCGGCAUGGUGUACGCGGCGCUGCUCGAGGCCAGGCGGCUGUCGCUCGCCCGCGCAGCGGCGGACGGGCGGCCGCCGAUGUCCAUCAUGUGGCAGGCGCCGGCGUUCGCGGUGCUCGGCGCCGGGGAGGUGUUCGCGACCAUCGGCAUCCUCGAGUUCUUCUACGACCAGUCGCCCGACGGCAUGAAGAGCCUCGGCACGGCCCUUGCGCAGCUCGCCGUCGCGGCAGGCAACUACUUCAACUCUGCCGUGCUCGCCGCCGUCGCCGCCGUCACCACGCGCAACGGGGAGGCAGGAUGGAUCCCCGACGACCUGGACAAGGGCCACCUCGACUAUUUCUUCUGGUUCAUGGCUGUUCUCGGCGUGGUCAACCUGCUGCACUUCCUGCAUUGCUCCGUCAGGUACAGAGGCAGCAGCAACAACAGCACAUACUCUUCUUGAGUCUUCACACGAUCUGUGCCAAGUAUAUGGCAAAAUGUCAACAAAGAGAGAUGUCAAUCGAACUUGUUAACGAGACACAACAGGAUGCCCGCAUUCUCCAUUUGGCGUCUCCACAAUAAUAAUGUGUCCCUGCGUCGGUCCAUUGUUUUGUGACAAACACACGAAUACCUUUGCGUUGU